CUAAGGGCUUGCACCGCACGUUCGUGCGGUAUACUCACCGAACAGCACAUCGUAGUAGAUUGGAGUCGUACCGUCCUAGAAGGCAGUGCCGCCGCCGUCGCCGCCACCGCCACCCCCUAUCCCUCCGCAUCCCACGAGCGUCGCCGCCCACAGCGCCCCUGCUGUCUCCACUCCGCACGCAAUCUCUCUCCACUCGGUUUUAAGUCGGUGCAGGGGAACAUGGCGAGGCUGGUGUCGUCUUCCCUCGUCAGGGGGCUCGUGCGGUCGUGCCGCGCGUCCAGCACGGCGGCUGUGUCACGACCAGCUUUCCAACAGUUCAUGACCUAUUCAUCAGGAAUCAGUGGUGAUUCUAACGUGAAUGGGGGCACAAGUACAACUCGAGUAACUGCUGAUUCUGAUACACAUCAAGAUUUCCAGCCUACAAGCAAAGAUUCUGACAUGUCUUUGCAAGACAUCGUUGCUCAGGAUAUCAAGGAGAAUCCAGUCAUCAUUUACAUGAAGGGUCAUCCUCAAGCUCCCAGGUGUGGAUUCAGUGCACUGGCAGUUAAGGUCCUCCAGCAAUAUGGCGUCUCUAUCACUAGUAGAGAUAUUCUGACUAAUAUGAAGCUCAAGGAGAGUGUCAAAGCUUACAGUAAUUGGCCUACCUUUCCGCAAAUAUUUAUCAACGGAGAGUUUGUUGGGGGAUCUGACAUCAUUUUAAGCAUGCACCAGAAAGGUGAACUUAAGGAGUUACUUGGUGAUUCCGCACAAAAGGGCGAGCAAGACAGUACCCAGUGAAACAAGCUACAGCAUGUUAGCAUUUGCAUGGAGAUGGAUGCUUCCUCUCUGAGUACUCUUUUACUCUGAUGCUCUUCCUGUGGUGUUCUGUUGUCUUGACGCAGGAUUUCAUCAUCGUGUUGCCAGCCAUGAUGGAAACCCCUUGGUUCCAAGAGCAUCCAACUCUUCGUUUCAUGACAAAUAAAUGCCACUUUUUCAAUAUUGUUUCUUUUUACAUUGUAAUAGUCAGGUGCUCUUUUUUGCAUUCUACUCUAGGCUCUGUUUGAGCCGCAGUAAUAAAUGAUUAGGCUGUUACAUAUACUUAUGGACUCCCUUAGCCAGGAGGGGGUGGCAUUUGCGAACGAUUUCACUGGCAUUUUUAGUUGUGAGGGGUGACAGUUUCUUCAUAGCGACAUGGAUACUUAAGUAUGCUAUUUCUCUAUUCCGCAAAGUUAAUUUUGUUUGUGUAA